GAAAAGCGGGUCGCGGGGUGCAAAUGCAAAUGCAAUAAAGCCGAAUAAAGGUCCCGCAACAUCUACACUCCAGCGCUCCCCGGCUGCCCCCGAACCUAAGACUUCAGAGCCAUAAUUGCUGCGCGGUCGGCUGCAAGCAGCCCGGGCGACGUUGUGUGCGUGUGUGCGCGCGUGAGCGUCGGGUGUCGGUGAGUGUGUCGGUGUGCCUGGGGACCAGCCACCGCGUCUGCCCGAGCUCAGCGCCAGAGAUGCCGCCAAGCUCUCCUUUGCAAAUAACAAUGUGGCAUUUUCGUCCGGGGGGGAGGCGUCCGAGCCUUCUGCCUUCUUCCCCGUCAUAGCGGAUUGUGUGGGGGCAUAUCUUUUACAUAUCAAGGCGGGUCGGGGGAGGAGAGAAGGCCCGAGAUCAAGAAGAGGAAGAAAAGGACGAGGAGUAAAUGCGUGCUUGGAAACAGCCUUGCCAGCAGUAACACAACAAGGGGGUGGUGGGGUGGGAAAUCAGCAAAAAAGAAACUUAUGGAAGAAUGAAGGAGAUGGUGGGCGGUUGCUGCGUCUGUUCUGAUGAACGCGGCUGGGCAGAAAACCCCCUGGUCUACUGUGAUGGGCAUGGCUGUAACGUGGCGGUGCAUCAAGCAUGCUAUGGAAUUGUUCAGGUUCCCACUGGACCAUGGUUCUGUCGAAAAUGUGAAUCGCAAGAAAGAGCCGCCAGGGUGAGAUGUGAGCUAUGUCCUCAUAAAGAUGGAGCAUUGAAGCGGACUGAUAGUGGAGGCUGGGCCCAUGUUGUCUGUGCUCUAUAUAUCCCUGAGGUGCAGUUUGCGAAUGUUCUCACUAUGGAGCCUAUUGUCCUCCAGUAUGUGCCCCAUGACCGCUUCAACAAGACUUGUUACAUCUGUGAAGAACAGGGCAGGGAGAGCAAAGCAGCUUCUGGAGCCUGCAUGACUUGCAAUCGUCAUGGUUGUCGGCAAGCCUUCCAUGUUACCUGUGCUCAAAUGGCUGGACUUUUGUGUGAAGAAGAAGUCUUGGAAGUUGAUAAUGUGAAAUACUGUGGCUAUUGCAAGUACCAUUUCAAUAAAAUGAAGACAUCACGCCAUUUUGGAGGUGGUUCUUUUAUUGGAGGAAGGAGGAGUCGGUCAGCAUCCCCUACACAAGAGAAGCAUGUGUCUCAUCAUGAGAAACCAAAGAAGAGUCGAAAAGACAAAGAAAGGCCUAAACAGAAGCACAAGAAGCAUUCAGAAAUUGAACCCACAAAUCUCACACUGUCUUCCACACCUAUAGUCACUGAGAAGCAGAGUUCCACCAACCACCACGAGAGCAGUAAAGAAUCCUCAGAGAUCAUCAGGUCGGAGGUGAAAGGCAAAAGAUCUUCAAGCCAUGGCACAAGCCACAAAACCAAGAAGUCUGGAAGUGGGAAAAGCUCAAUAGGUUUUGGCUCAUCCUCAUCCAGUGUAACAUUUCCACCAGCAGGUACCUCAUGCAGCUCCUUGCCCUUCUCCCAGGAUUUUGUAACCUUUCCAAAGCUUGAGCAGCAGCCGCCUGAGGAAGAGAAAUACCACAAACCCAUCUCUUCAUCCUCGUCUUCCGCCCACUGCUCUCCAUUGUCUGAAGGGCAGAAAAGUGAUGUCUUUGAGCAGAAGGUGAUCUUUUCAGGUUUUGGCUCCAUCAUGCGUUUCUCCACCUCAGCUGUGAGUCAGCAGAGGGGACGGGAUGCUUCUCCUGUGGACUACAAGACCUCCAACUCUAUUGGUGGCACCCCAAGUGGGAGUGGUGGAGUCAGCAGUGGCAGCAGCCACAAGCGCAUGCCGUCUCUUAGCGGGGAAGAAGUAGAAGUCCUGAAAGAAAAAAAGCACAAGACCAAUAAGAAAAGCAAGCAUGGACCAGGAAGGCCCAAGGGUAGUAAGAAUAAAGAAGUGCCAGGUCCCCAACUGGUUGGGACUCCAGCUGCCUCUUCUUUGCCUUUCUCUGGGGGUUCCCUGAUCAGUUCCAGCGUCAGUGGGUCUUCACGUUCAUUCAGCCAUGGAUCCACCCUUCCAAGCCUCAGCCUAGAAUCACCACUUAUGGGAUCAGGGAUCUAUACCAGUAACAAGGAUCCCAUUUCUCAUGGGGGUGGGUUGCUGAGAACUGUGUGCAGCACUCCCCUCUCCUCUAAUCUUCUGGCUCACCAAGGCACCUCAUCACUGCCCCAGCUCACCCGCUCACCUUUUGCUGGCACCAUCCCAUCCUCCUCCUCUGUCUCUACUACCCAGGUCUUCUCACUGGCAGGACCUACAUUUAGCCUCCCUUCCUCACACAUUUUUGGAAGUCCCCUCACCUCUGGGCUGUCAUUAAAUCCAUUGCUCAACCAAUCUGAAAACAACAGAACAGAACCAGAUUUGGAAGACUGCAAUUUUGCCUGCCGAGGGUCAUCACCCCAAGAAAGUCUUUCUUCCAUGUCUCCCAUCAGCAGCCUCCCUACUCUCUUUGACCAGACAGUAUCAACUAGCAGUGGACAACUGGAAAAUGUCCCCCAGGCCACACCAAACAUUGAGCAGCUCCUGGAGAAACAGGGCAAUGGAGAAGCUGGUGUCAAUAUUGUAGAGAUGCUCAAGGCACUUCAUUCACUACAGAAAGAAAAUCAGCGCCUUCAGGAGCAGAUCAUGACUUUGGCAGCUAAAAAGGAGCGCCUGCAGCUUCUAAAUGUUCAGCUCUCUGUUCCCUUCCAAAUGGUGACCACCAGCAAUGGCCCCUCAAGCCAGACCCAAUACAUCCUAGCGCCCAACACCUACAACAGUGACUCAUUUAGUAUCAGCAAGAGCUCCCCAUGCAAGAAUAGUUUUGGUAUCGAGAACGCACUCUCCACUUCCUCUGAGGAUCUUCAUUCAGGAUGCCCAAGCAGGAGCAGCUCUUCUCUGUCCUUCCACAGUACACCACCACCUCUGCCCUUGCUUCAGCAAAGCCCUGCCUCACUUCCUCUAACUACUGGGGUCCAACAGCAGCCACCAGUGAAUGGCCUGAGCAGAGCCAUGGGGACUGUUCAUGGGGGAAGUGCCACAGCUACUCACAGCCUUGUGGAUGGUCUCCUUGGCAGUCUGGCAGGAGGGCAACAGAUCCCCAUCAAUGGCAUCCUAGGAAGUUUAAAUGGCACUUUGGCCACCCAGACCCAGAAUCCAGUACUGGCACAAACCAGUGGUCACCCUGGUCUGCAGCUCUCCAUGAGCCAAAGCAGUAUACCUAAUGUGACUCACUUGUCAGAACAGCAGCGGCAGCUGCUCAGCCAGCCUGAUCUUCAACUGCAGCAACUGCAGCAGCUCUUAACAUCACAGCCACUCAACCCGGAGCAGCAGACACUGAUAUUCCAGAUGAUUCAACAAAUUCAGCACAAAAGAGAAUUGCAGCGGCUCCAGAUGACUGGUUCCUCCAUGACUGGCCUUGGCCCAGUGACCACCACCUCCCUUCUCCACUCCAGCAAUAAUGCACCAUCAGCUGCCAACAGUGCUCUCCUGGCCUCCAUCUCCCCUCAACAGCUUAAUACUGCCAGCUCACUGAUGGCUUCCCCACCGCUCAGCACCCCUGGGAACAGCCUGAUGUCAGCAGCAGGAACUGUUAUUCCACCUGUCCUCACAGCCCAAACAAAUCCUUUCCUCAACCUGCAGGGUGACAGCAGCAGCCAGAAAGGAAUGGUGAGCAUCUUAUAAGAAGGCCAGAAGCAAGAGCAUAAAUGAAAAGGGAGGUGCCUCAGUGCAAGACAAAGGCUAACUUUUGGUGAUACUGGGUUGCUUUCUCUGCCAUAAGAAAACAGUCUCCUUGAACCUUGGAUCCCAAAACGUAGAGCAACCAUAUGAAAGGCUUCCGAGAAAGUCUUCCUUGCCACAGUCACAGUGACACCAAGCGGAGGCAUGCCAGACGUCUACGUUCCUCGGUUCUGAGCCUGUCAUUUAGUGCCCUACUAAAAGAGACUGGUGGUGUGAACACCUCCUUUCCCUUGCUGGCUUGGUUUAUUCUGCUGCACUUAAGUCAUAAAACGUUGCACUUCAGAUGGAAAAGAUGAAGCAGUGUUUGCUAUCCAAGAAUAUCCCCUCAAAGAUGGGACAUAUGAGCUGGACACAACUACAAUCACCUGGUGAUUAAUGUUAUUUUUGCAGAGCAUGUUAUUUCCAAAUCAGGAUUAAGAAAUCCAUCAAUAUUUCCCUGUCAGAAGAUCCAGCUACAGCAAAUUAGGAUCAGAUGUUUCUGAGGUUUCCAAUAAGUAAGAAGGAAGGGUUGGAAAAGUGGUAUUUGGAAGUCCAUGUUCAUGAAUCCUACACAAAGGGUUUCACUCCCAUAGGUAUUUCAGAUGUCUACAUCUUAACUGACUCCUGCUGAGGUACAGUUUUAUCUGGGAACGAAAAGCUAGUCCUGAUAACUGAGAACGGUUACCUUGGUUUCCCCAAAUCUCUGCCAGCCACAUGUCUUU